AUGGCACCACUGUGGGAUGCGCGCUUGGGUGGUGAACUCAAUGAGAGCCUGUCUGAAGGAUCCCGCUUUCGGACCUUGGUGCAUGGAGAUGCGAAGCCUGAGAAUAUACUUUGCAAUGCCAGCUCUGGGCAUGUGGAGUGUGCAGCUCUGGACUUUGGCUGGGUUGGGGAAGGCUAUGGCGCCUGCGACGUGGCCUACCUUUUGUGGGACCAGAUCGCCAGCAAUGUAGUGCAGGAUCUUCUAAGCUAUUACUACUCGAAGCUCUUAGAGAAGCUGCCGGAAGCCAGCUACACUCGUGAGAAGCUACAAGAGCACUUUGACCUCUGUGUGAUGGACUUCAUACGAUGGGAACUUGGCUUUCAAGGAAGUCGCCAUUUCUGGGCCAUGCCUUGGGCCAUCGAAACGCUGCGGCGGACCCUGCGUGGGUCGAAAUGGCGCGAGGGGGCAACGGGUGGGACGAGAGGUCCGAGGCGGGGAAGCCUGGGGAAGCCUGCGAUUCCGCAUUUGCAACUGUAG